AAAUUUUCCUUUACUUUUGUGUUUUAGCAGCCAGAAUAUACUACAGGAAAUGGCCUAACGGAAGCUAUGGCUACAGCUGUCGAUAUAUGCAAUUCUAUAAACGAUCAGCUGUAUUGUUUAGUAAAUUGGGCCAAACAACUCCGACCAUUUAUAGAAUUAUGCAUUGAAGAUCAGACAGCUUUGAUGCGAUCUCAUUCGGGAGAGAAUUUGGUACUGGGAUUGGCUCGGAGAUCUAUGAACAUGAAAGACGUACUUUUAUUUGGAAAUCACUUGAUCAUCACCAGGGAUGCAGCUGAUCCGGUGGUUAACAGGAUCGGAUGCAGAGUCAUGGAUGAAUUAGUCAAUGUUUUCAGGGAGAUAGAGAUUGAUAAUUCGGAAUUUGCUUGUUUAAAGGCAAUCGUAUUUUUCGAUCCGAUGUGA